CAGAAUCUAAAACUGUUGGUACUGAAAUACAUAUAUAGGUAACUAUGUACUACAGAUAACAGUUGAAAUUGUGUUUAUAACACAUGUUACAGCUACCAAAUUGGAUAAUGAAAGAUUCUUCGAUCAUAGUAAAACGAAAUAGUAAUUAUUAUUUUCAAGUUAUUGGACAACUGCAUAUUACUAAACGUGAACUCUGCUAUUUGGUAGUAUACACUGAAAAGUGGACCACAGUAGAAAAAAUUUAUUAUGAUCAUACAUUUUGGAUACAAAAUAUGUCUGAAAAAUUAAUGUCGUUUUAUUUAAAUUGUCUCUUGCCUGAACUCGUCGAUCCCUUAUAUGGCAAAAGAUUGUUAAUAAGUGAUAUCAGGGAUCCGGAUGGUGAUCAGGUGAUCAGGUGAUCGCCUAAAAAGCAAAAAAAAUGUGGAACUCAUUUAUGUUAGAUUCUUACUUGAGUGAAUUUCUUUAGCAUAAAAAAAAUCAAAGUAUUUACACUGUAUUUACUCAAAUAAUAAAUGGCAUUGAUAAAUAGGUAGGUAUAUUUUUGUAAAAAUAUUUCUAUUUAUUAGUCUAUUUGUACAAUUAAGAAUAUAAUGCAUUAUUAGAAACUAUUCACUAUUGUAAUUAUAUAUAAAAUGUAUAAUUAUAAAAAUGUAUGUGACCCACGGCAACUUCUAUUUGCUUAAUGUGGUUCAGC